AUGAAAUCAUUUUAUUUACUGAACAGGAUUUGUAGGGUUUCAAUAAAUAAUGUCAAUAUUUACUCUCAUAAAAAACCUACUUUGUUUCACGUGAGACGCAGUGCGACAGUGAUAUCUUCAAAUUAUAGCAAAUUGACCCCCCUUGUUAUAAAUAUUCGACAUUUAGGUUUAGGCCCUACGUCGAAGGAUUUCGAGGAACCGACUCAAUUUACGGGUCCAGUAACAAAAGCGCACGCAACAGAACUUAUCCUUCGACUGAACGAUGACGAAAGAAAAUUGUUAUUCACCGCAUUACAAGAGUACGAAUCUACAAGGAUCAAAGACGAAUUCGAAGACAAAUUGGGUGGACAGAGAUGGAGGAGUAAGUUUGGGCGGCCUAGCAAGGUGCCCACAUUAGGAGAUGUCGACCCCACCGGGUCAUAUUGUCCUGUUCCUGAAGAUUGGUUGAAGAAGAAAUAUGCUGCAAAUGUUCCAAGACCCACAACAAAAGAAUUAUUACACUUGUCACUCGCUAACUCUAUACCAUUCAUUGGUUUUGGAUUCUUGGAUAAUUUCAUCAUGAUAAUUGCUGGUGACAGUAUAGAGAGCAGCAUGAGCGCGUACAUCACACUGUCGACGAUGGCGGCCGCGGCGCUAGGCAACACGUUCAGCGACGUCAUCGGCAUCGGCUCCUCCUACUACGUGGAGCGCGCCGCCGCGCUGCUGGGGUUCGGUGCGCCGCGCCUGGCGCCCGUGCAGCUCGACAUGCCCGUCAGCCGCCGCUUCGCUAACAUGGGUCGGGUGCUGGGCAUCACUCUCGGGUGUUUCCUAGGGAUGACGCCACUACUCUUCAAGGAUGACGAGAAGAAAUCUGAAGCCAAGUAAACUGCCCUACACUUAUUAUAUACUAUCAAUCAGAUAAACAAAUCUUUAUACUUUAUAAUGUAUUUAAAUAUUUUAGAAGUGUUAAGGUAUAAAAAUAAAUAUUCUAAUGUUCUUAUGACUGAGUAUAGCAAAAGUUUACUCAAUAUUUCUUUGAUG